AUGCAAACGCCCUUCCGCCUACUCGAGCCGACAACUUGUUCUCCUCUCGCCACUUUUCCCUUCAGGGUCUACAUUGUUCGUAUUCGUGGUGAGCGACAUUCAGAGACACAAAGCAAACUUCAUCACAUUGUGAACAGCCUGUUUCCCAAAAACCAAAAGUUCAUCGUCCCAAAGGAUGCUCCAGUGAAUAUUUUCGUUCGUAUUAUUCAAUUCAUCGCACAUGAGAAGUUGGAGUUUGCCGUCAAAGAAAUCAUCAUUGACCGCCUUGGAGUAAAUGGGCUACAAAAGAAUUUGUACAUGCCGGAGCGCAUGAACAUCGGUCUUUGUGCUUUUCUGCUUAUUGCGCAUGGAUUACAACAAAAGGAGGGCGCACCUCCUAUGCCCCAACAAAGCAUCGGCGGCGGCGGUGGUGGUGGUGGAGCUGGAUUGCGACAGACAGUGAUUAAGCGAUCGUUUCAUGGGACAAAUCUGAACGACGCUUUGGGCCACAUUUUGGGUAUACAAAAUUAUCUUUCUCCCAUUAGGCGCGCCUUCGAAUUGAUUCUGCGUCAGCUCGAUUCACAAGUUUGUCGGUCAAUGAUGCUUUCGAAACCUGAAGUUACUCAGAAAGAAGUCGAAGAAUUGAUGACCGCAGAACGAAAGCCUAAGAUGGAUCUGUUGAAGACUUGCGUGGCGUGCAUCCCUCGAUUGCUUCCAAACGACAUGACAAAACCCGAGUUGUUGGAACUGCUGGCUAAAAUAUGCCUUCAUGUAGACGAGGACGUACGUAAAAUGGCACAACAGGCAAUGGCUAAUCUCAUCGUCGAAUUGCCGGCCUUUCGAGUAAAGACCAUCCAAGUGUUCAUUCAGUUUAUCCAGAAAAACAUCGCAGAUACGAAUCCAACCCAACUGGAUAGCUACUUGAAAACACUCUUUCAUCUACUAAACAAUUGGAAUCUGGCCUUGCAAAAAGAUGGUGCAAUUUCUCCGAAUAGCACAGAGAAAGCUGUACUGUAUGAAGCGGAGGGCUUCGCUUUGGUCAUGCUCUGUCACUGUCGUACCAUCACACGACGUCUGGCGGUGCACAUACUUCGCAAGUGUCGCUCUCUCCUCAAUCUGAUCAACAUGGCUAUGGCUGAUUCGAGUGCUGUCCAAUCACAGGAGUUGUGCUGCAUUGAUGUACUCGAUCGAUCGGUGCCGGCCAUUUUAGAAAGUGUACUACCGCAGAUUCCACCCAAUGAACGUCACGCUUUCUCCAACCCUUACAAUUUGGAUUUUUUCGCAUUUGCUGAGCGAAGCAGCCCGAUAUGGCUAGGCAGUCCAACGCCUCUGAUAUCAUCCAAUCCCGUCGCACUACCAGCCCACCUCACUGGUCCUCCAAACUCUGGUCUCCUGCCAAUGAACAGUUUACGGUCCUCUCCCACUGGUCGAGUAUCUUCUCCUCAGAGCAAAGAAUCCUCCGACGUCGUCAUAUCAAAGGACACUCGAUGCGCUCAGUGUGGCAUGUUUGUCGACACUGGGUGUCCAGGCCACACGGACGUUGGGACCCGAAUUCAAGAGGAUCUAAAGCAACCAGGUAGGGCGUUAACUUCCUGUUCCGAUCAGGCUGCUCACCCCACACCUUUUGCGAUUGUGGAUUCGCAAAACCAAGAGCCCACUACCCAUUUUCAGCACUCAGCACAGCCAAACACUCAUCAAGGACAGUCUUCGCAACAGGCUUAUGUGUUACAACCGGUUCAGGAGCGCAUAAUCAUUGGAGACAUAUGGGCGACCUGUCUUUCAAUAGCGUUUAGUCCAUCUCGUCUGAUCAGCAUGUGUCCACAGACUGUGAAGUAUGCCUGGAAUGUGCUGUUUCAACGGUUGACUGCCGUCUUCCCGUUCAUUGAUCCCAGUGCCCAAAUUGCCGAGAAUCGCGCCUCUUCAAUAUUGCGUUCGUCAAGCAAAAAGCCUUCCACAGAACGUGAUCAGUUACUUCCGCUCUGGCACAACUACGCCGUUCUCGCUUGCUGCAUCGCCCCCAGUUCCACUGGUUUGCGUGUAUCGAAACCAUACGACAAUCGGUAUUUACCAAAAUCUAGUAUCACCGCCCUUUCUACCGUGUCAAAACCAGUUUCACGACCUGGUCUACCAACUAAGAUAUGUGGUCCUCCGGACAAUGUUUCUGACUCUCGGACAUCUGCUAUGCACCCAACCCCCAAUACUUCUAUGAACGCGGCCGCUGGGCCUCCGCAGCCAAGUGUGACAAACGUGGAUUCGAAAUCGCACACUUCGCCUGUUGUUAUCCGUGAUACUGCUCGUGAUCUGGUCAAAUUACUUGUCCCUCUUUUACGCUGUGAGCAGUCGGAUAUUCGUGAUUCUGCGGUUGGUGCACUGGGCCGGAUUAAUCCGGCAUCCUUUAGGGAUGUGCUAGAGGAAUUGAGCCCCCUACUAAGGGAAUCGGUGGACCGAAAGCAAGAAAAUGUGCGCCGUCGUCGACGUCGAGACAUCCUUCGUGUCUCGCUCAUCCGCGUGUUGGCACUAAUGAGCCAGACGGGUCUAUUUGCCUAUCCCGAGUCAAAUGCUCUCACAUCCCAAGGUUGUCUUAUACCACAAUUGACAGACUAUCUAGACGGAAUGCGUGUCUAUCUGGAUUCGGUAUCAGAUCAAGCCACCAGCCUUGCUUGCAUCGGAGUAACUGGCUCCCCAAAUGUCAUUUACCCUUCCGUGCCAUCAACCGCCUCUCCUGGGUCUCUGCUCAUGGGUGCGGCUGGAUCCAUAACACCAAUGACCUCGUCUUUUUCGUCUAAUGCCGGAUCGGCACCAGCCAUUACGGCCGUCAACGCUGCUUCCGGUAUCUCCUUAAACGAGGCUUCUGUCCUCACUGAAAUCCGACUACAUUUCAGCAUUUUUAUCCUGGAACUCAUCCGCCACUUGCCAAAAGAGAAACGAACUCAGUUGUUGCCUACAGCCAUGCGUUACCAGUUGUUCCUGUUGCUUUCACAUUGGAGCGGAUACCAUGAUCAUGUGAUGGGUCUCUGCUCCGAAGUUAGUUCAACUGGUUUUUCUAUACUCUUUACUCCGGGAAAUGGUCCAUCAAAAUCCAUGCAAACGAUUAACGCUACUUCCGGUUCCAGCCCCGUGCCCGCAGUGUCCUACAGCGCUGUUGAUUCUUCAUCUCAACACGGUUUGUGCUCUGAUUCCAAUCAGUCCGCUCUGGACGCAAACGCCCAGCUCAACAUUCCGGUAUUACCACAAACGUAUGAAAACACGCCAUCUGUCUCAGCGUCUGCUUAUCGUGUGGUCUCCAGUGCCUCUCAAACAAAUACACCCACUACUGCUUACCCGCCACACACGAUACCAGAUCCUACGGCUGGUCAACUCACAUUAACCUUCCUGGACAGCUGGGCGCUACGACUCUGGACAGAUUUACUAUGGUCGGCAAAUCAGGCCAUGGGCGCUUUACUGACUUGCGGUCCUAUUUACGACCAGCAGGCUUUGUUUAAUGACUCCCGCGACUAUGCCACCUCCGAGCAUAGUUCGACCGUGGACAAACAGAUCAUACCAAGCCCAGGAUACGUCCUUCGGUGGAUUUCGGAUUUGUUAGUCGCGCGUGACUCUGGUGCCAGUGCUACUCCAUGGUUGUGGUACUGUCCUAUUGUUGAUCCGUCUUUCGGUCGUUCGAAUCGGAGUCCCGUUGGCAACUGCUAUUGCCCCGUUUAUGGAACCCCUCCUCGGACAGCGUUAGCUGCAGGGGAACGUCGUAUGGACACCCUUCUUCGUCAAUUGGGAGAAGAGACCUUGGUUCUAUUGCUGGAUCUAAACCAAGCCUCUCCAGCCCUGCUGACUUGGUCGAUUGAACAAUGCUACACUGCAUCGAACGCCUCACUGUCUGAGGCUUGCUUCGCUUCAAUUUGCCGUGUUAUCGCUAACAUCGCCGACUUUCCUUGUGACUUGAUUCCGCUUCUGGUGUUAGCCUUCGUCCAUCUGAAUCAUCCUCAAAAGACCAUCAGCGACCGCGCGUUUUACCUGCUUCAUGUCAUCUACUAUCGAUUCGUCAUCAAGCCCAGCUCCAUGAUACAUGAACGAAUGCAUUCAAAUGCUUCCAACCGAGGUCAUGUUGGCGACAGUUGUGCGAUGCCACAAAAUCCACGAUCCACUUCUUCCUUGCCUCUAUGUGUUGAAUUAAAAACCCAUCUUCGCUUCUGGCAAUCUUUCACUCGAUGGGCUCCAUCUGAAGUGAUACGGCAGUUUGCUGCUCAGCAUCCUGAUCUCACUUUGGAGGUUUUUUCAGAAAUCACCAAACGAUUGGAAGUUUCUCGCGAGUGCUGGAGGGUUCCGCUGCUGCACUUACUUGUUCCUUGGAUUGUCAACAUUGAAUUGGUCGAUCUGAUCUCCGGAAUCGCUCGCGCAGCGCCUAAGUUCGCUUGCGACGGCGACCUGGAUGCAACGGAUCCAGAUAUCCCGGACGCGGAGCGUAAGUACAAGUCGUGUCACGAGCAAGCCUCUAAAUCUGACGGAAAGAGGAACGAUGACCCAACUGAUUCCGAUGAUGCUGAUGAACAUUUGAUUCACUCGAAUCCCACAGUACGCAAGCCAACGCACCAUCGCUCCGCUGCUCAACGUCCAUUACCAUCACAGUCGACCAUAGGAAGUGAUUUAGACAGCGAUACUGAUUUGGGAAGUGGUCAGCGAAGGCUGGGGGAAACCUUCUCUUGCAUUCGGACUUCAAAAGCGGAUACAGUUCCACUAGCCAAACCGAAUGCAGCCCGUUCCCGUAGAGCACAGGAGGUUCAUCGAAGAUCUGUCACCUUUCCAACUCACUCACUUCCUAGUGAGGAUUUCUGGUUCAGCAUCCCGUUGACUCUUAGGUGUAAUGGAUGGGGUUCAAAGCAGUCCACAGAGCUGAUUUUGAACAACUUGUUCUACCUCACUUUACGGCUUGCUGAGUGUCCGACGGCAGCGGAAGCAUUGAAGCAGGUGUGGGUCGUUCUCAUUCGACACAGGCCGGCUAAUUUGUCCGUGAUUCUCCGUUAUAUCAUCAUUUUGACUUCGUUGGCUCCUGCAAGCCUGCUGACACAUGCAAAGCGGCUUGUAACGUCUCUUGCCUCAGAGCAACCGGAAUCGGUCGUGGAAGAAUUGAUGGUCGAAAUGCAGUUGAUUGAUGGCCUCGGUCUCAUCGUCGAACGCACUCCCACUCUACCAUUCUUCCGCGUCUCAACUGCGGACGGACUGGGAACCGCCCCCACUGUGAUGGAUGUGGUGGAUAGUGCAAAUCGUCACAGUUUAUCUCCCCCUGCCACUGUUCUACAAUGUCAGCAGGGCACUGCACUCGAUGACACAACUGAACGAAAGUCAGCGUUACAGUCCGUGGAUCGAGAACUGGUGGGGCAAAUUGAUCCAGAACUGGUCGCAAUAGGUUUAGGAUCGCGAUCUCGUGACAAACCGUCCGAGUCGACUGCUGUACGCUCCCGAAAGAGCGCUUUACCUUUCGUUGGGAAUCAGUAUCCACAUGCGGACGAUGAACUGAAUACUGCUCCAUCGGAACAGCCACACUUCCGACGUCCUAAAUCGGCUGUUGGACAAUCCUCCACAACUACUGUCUUUAUGGAAAAUGGUCGGAAUGCACUUUCUGGUGAUGCCUAUCUCCAUGUCGCAUCACAAGAGACUAGUACGAAACCAAGCACUUUUGAUCGUGGCAAUGAUGAGAUCGAUCCCGAACUGGAUGUGGAUGCUUUCGGUUCGCACCGCACCACUCGCCUUAGUCCAGAAGAUAAGUAUGCUACUCUCCGGGCCAAAGAUCUGCAACGCCUACUUUCGGCAGCAACUGAUACGUGUAUCGAGGAGGUUAGCGAAUCGGAUUGUGUUCCGCUGCGCACAGAUGCUCAGGUUCGUAGUGGCACACUACCGACGACACAGGUGUCGCGUGAACGCUAUCUCAUCGGAUCUCGCUUAUCCAAACCGGCGAAACGUGACAGUUCAGAUGAUUUCGAUCCACUAGUUCGCUCAGGGACCCGGUACUCCAAGCGCGCCAAGGUGAAAACACGCUCUCAGCCUCGACUAGUCGAUCGUCGAGACAUACCGCUGAAAGUUCCACCUCAAACCGUCUCGUUGCCCCCCAGUUUGGCCAGACUAUCACCCCUAAUUCUCCCCUUACCAUUCCAAGUCCCCUCACUGUCCAAUAUGUUGGUGUCCGAAGAGAGAGUGUGUAGGAGUGGUAGUAACAGUCCUCAAGGCAUCCAGAUCCCGAAGACGAGUCCUCCGUGCCUUGCAUCGGAUUUCGUCCCCAUGACUAGUGCACCGCGUCAUCCCCGCCCUCUGGCGAUGCCAACUCACGGAUGCUACAAAGCACCGCUAGACGCCUGGUUAUCCGAGCCAUUGGUCAUCGGCGGAUCGGUUGUGUUCAGCGGUGCUUGGCCCACGGCCAGCGCUCGCUCUCCGCUUGUUUUACUGCUGGCUGGCGCGCUGACUCAAUGUCCAAAUAUACGAGUUGACUGGUUUCAGCAUCUCCCUUUGAUGCUACUGUGCAGUCUACUCGGGCUUGAUCACUGCCGUGCACUCGUUCAGGAGGAAUGCAAGCAACUUUUGGUGUCAAUGCUUAGCUUGGCGUGCUCUGAGCAGUACUCACUCCGUCUUCUGCAGCUUGAGCUAGAGUCUGAUUCCUUGGCUUGUACCCAUCCAUCAACUCUACCUGGACCUCGUCAACCACAGUAUCGUCUUACGCUGGAUGGCGGUCCAUUCAAGGAGAAGUUUGCGAAUCAUCUGUCAUCGGCUCCGUCCUCUGGUCCCCCGAUUAGUGACUGCAGCCAGCAUUCGCCCCCGAAAAAACCAAAUCGACGAGAUAUCAUCGAAACACCCUGUAACCCCCAGAUCGGUCCACUCGCCCCAGUCCACACCACUGUCCCCGUCGAUUUGAGCCCUAUCCCCUACUCUCUUCCCUCCAUUCGCCCCAGAAGCGCGUGGACCGGUUCUACGUACAGUCUAAUUAGCACAGCCACGCUCAUUCCUGGUCAUGACGAAACGGAGGUGGUUUCACCCCCUAGGGAUUAUGGUUCUGCGUCGUUGCAUCCGGCGGAAGAAGAAUCAAACCAUUGUAAUAUCCUCUCCUCACCCGAUAAGCGGCCCGCUGGACAUGCAGUGUGGUCCUGGGAUGAGAGGGAUUCCGUUCGAUCUCAGUCGCAAUCGACCCUUCACCUUCCCAUUCCGCCACGAUCAACACCAACCGACUGCAACGCAACCAAUUCAACCAAACAAACUUCGGUUGACCGGCUGGUGCGUGUUAUCGCUCGAAUCUUGGCACUUGCCCACUCCAAACCCGACGACGCCGAACAUUGCCUGUAUUGCCACCACGGUCCACCACAUGAGCACGCCUUUGCACAUCGUCUAAAGUCUCAGCCUGCACCUAUACUGCCAACUCCUGUCCCAAACCUAUGCGUGGUUGCCCGUCUGUCCCAAGCUGCACUCAACAUGGGGUUAUCCUGUCCAAAUCGACAUUAUGCGAGCCGUUCUCUACAAAUAUUCAGAAUUCUCGGUGCUCAUUUGGAUCGCAAAAAUUUGUCACAUUUACUGGCGCGUCUUGGUGAGACCAUAUCGGAUACGAAUGAAGAACUUCAGGGAUAUGUUACUGAACUAUUCGACACACUGGAAGCAGCCGUCAAUCACAUACAGACCAAGAGCGAUUACUUCUGCGAGUCCUAUAUAAAACAGACAGCCUCUGUCACGGGUCAAGCACGCACAGCUCCCGCGUCCCCCCGCUCGAUGAAUCACGGGAUACACGGCGAGUUCGCCCACCCUGCGGUAGCUGUUUCCGAUCGACGACGCUCCCAACGUCAAUCCUCUUCGGUCAACCCGAGUGCCGAGGGGUCUUGCGCACCCGGGUCGUGGUUUCGUCCCCAUCCUCCCACGCAUCAUAGCGCACUAAACGACCUUCCAACCGUCUCCUCUUCCGUUAAUCUGUCCGUGUCCCCAUCAUCUGGUUCUGCAGACAUGGUCAUCUGCAGAAAACCCAUUUGCCGCUUGCCCACCGACGAACAGGCGGACCUCUUAUGUGGCAUUUUUUGGACUGGCAUUUUCCUCCUCGAGUCCGAUUUCGAGCACGAAUAUUUGGCUGGGGUGCGCAUUGUCGUCCCGCUGAUUCCAUACGUGUGUCACAAUAGCUCAUCCGGCUCCACACGAUCCGCUGGCACAUCACAGAUUAGUCUGUCGCGACGUGUUGAGAAAUUCCUCUCACAACUUCACCUCGACCCACCGUUCUCUGGACUGUUGCAUUUGGCUAUCAAGGGUUGCUCUUCGGCUAACCUCGUUCACUCGGCUUGUCAGCUUCUGGUAUCCAUCGUUCCAUUUCUCUGCCAUCCGUUGGUAGUUCCUCCGAGGAGUAAUCAGAUAGCCUCGCAACUGAGCUUCCCAGUUGUCUUGGUGACUCUGAUGCCUAUGCUUUUAACCGCAUGGGAUGAAGAUCCGUCCACCGUCGGUUCGUCAAGCAAUGCACAUCCUGGGGACGUUUCAGUGGAGCAGCCCAGUGUCCUUCAGGAAGGAUUUCUGGGACGAGGUGUGUGCGCAGCUACUCAUGCAAUUCCGAGGACUUUGGGUUCUUGGGCUUCAACACCUGGUGCGCCGGUCCGGGGCCCGUCGGAUUUCGCUCACUCGUCUGUGAAAACACCUCGCUUGGGUUACGUUGACAGCAUCAGUUUUCCCGGUACUUGUUCCGUCGGUGGGUUCGGUGCUGCUAACGGGGGAGGUUUUUUCCCUAACACUACCGGAUCUCCUGCACCGCAUAGAUCAGCGCAGCACACACCACUAAGGCCGAGAAAUCCCGUUUGCAUUCAAGCUGCAAGUGCGUUGGCUCAGGCGUCAUUCCAAAUCGACUCCGAGCGCUUGGCUUGCUUGACCCACGUGCUUCGACUUUAUGCGGCCGGGACUUUCUCGAAGGAUGUUGACCAAUGGACCAAAUGUAUCGUGUGCUAUCUGCUCGAUGGUUACACACAAUACAUCUCACACGUUUUGCUAUAUUUGACCACGCUGUUAACCACGGGUCCAUUGUGUUUAAAACGCCCACUGCUGAAGAUGGUAUGCCUGUUUGUCGAACAGGUUGACCUAAACACACCGGACCUGAGUAGCACCCUUCAACAUUUUAUCACCUCUGUUACGGCACAGUUUCUCGGGACCGAAUUUUGGACAGAAACCAUGAAUAUCCUUCGUGUGCUCGUUUCUCGUUCUUCUUCUUUGACCGUCGCACCACCUCCAAGCAUGUACACAUUAUCCGGACUGGAUCCGUUUGGAAGCGGUCGUGUGCUUGACUUUGCAGCUGCUGCAGCGGCGGUGGCAGUUCCAUUGCCGGAGAGCGAACCCCCUCAUUUAGAGCUUGCCGGCCCAGUGCUUGAUUUCUCCUUCAACUUGCUACAAGAAGCUUCACUUUUAGCUCCGCAAUUUUCACCGGCUGUCACGAGUUUAGCUGCGGACAAUUUGGAUAGCCCAACGAUUGAGAAAGGUGCAACAAGAGAGGAAGUCCAGCUACCUGAUUCAGAGCUGUGCACCGUGUUCGCAUCCUCAGCUACCGUUUGGGAUCGUCCUGGCACAUGCCAGGGACGAUUACGUCAUCGGCUGUACAAUCUUGUGGGUUGUUACGGUUUGCCUGCCGAACAUCGCCUCGGAGCACCACGGAGCCCAUCGGUUAUCUUUAGUCAGUCCACUGAAACUUUGGAUCCGCAACUCAGUGUGCACUCCAGCAGUGAAGCCACAUCGAUGGUGGAUAUCAGCAAUUCAGACGACAUUCGCAUCGAUGAGACCACUAGUAUGGAACAGGCAGCUGUUUUUCGGGAUCUGGAUACUUAUCUAGACGCGCAACUCAUGAACAUCAACUUUCUAGGUGUCCCGGAUGGAAGGCUGGGCUCAACAAGCGCUUCGGCAAGCGAGGAUGAACCCAGACGUCCGUGGGGUGUUCGCGGUCAAUCGAUUACCUGUCAUCAAGAUCUGAAUGAUGACACUUUCGAGCAAGCUGUUGAUCUACUCCCUACCGUCCGUGCACCGUUACCACACCAGAUGCGAGAGGCUGAAGCAGCAGUUUCUUGGGUGUAUCGGCAUCGUAGCUACCCUGCGGCACUCGGUUCUGAAGUAUCUCACGAAAACGAACGGAUCUCUGCAACAAAUUGGUUCGGCCCGCCUUCCGCUCGCUCUGAAGCAAUGGAUAUCUGUCCGUCAAAAUCGACCUCACCCGCCGCACGUGAUUCCCCUCCGCUCGUAUCGCUAUGCGACAAUAAUGAAGGCAUUUCUGGGCCUACCAGCAACGAAGUUUGCACUUCUUCUUCCUCUUCUCCUCGGAUCCAACGCUUGCUGUCUCCACUGCAAACCGAUGCUCCCACACCUGAUAACAAACUUUCAGACGAGCGUUUCAUAAAUGUAUCCGUCGGCAAAUACUCUAACCUGCGUCAUGAUAGAACCUCAGUUGGUAGCGAUUCCCAGCUACUAUCUGAGCGUGGAGACCAUUCGGAACCUCUAUCCGAUCUCGUAAAACAAACUGACUCGGGCUCACCGAACUUCCAGCAGACUUCAUUACCGACUCGCUCUACCUCAAGUGUCAAGGUUCGCACAUCCCCCUCCUCAAUAUGCGAGUCAUCGUUACCCUAUCAGACACGGGACCGAGUCUCAGAGAAGUUGUCCAGUUCUACUUCCUUACCACAGAUGGUACCAACCAGACGCCAGUCGCCAACUCUCAUUGUAUAUGAGCAGGAUCAGUCUCCGAAAACACGACCGACUACUCUUGCUCUAAUACCUGCUGCAAGCUGUGUAUCCAACCAUUCACCUACCAGAAGCCACCGACCUUCAGGACCACAAGGCAAAAUACGAACGACAAUGUGCACGUCUUCCAGCGGUUUGACGAAAUCAAAUGGUGCCACCGAUCAGCUGAUGACUGUCCCUCAUCGCUCCGUGUCUAUGUCUAAUCUAACAGUUCAAACAAAACGAAUGGAACCCGUUAUGAAAUCGGUUUAUGCCAAACAAAAGGUGGUUCGUUCCCCUGCUAAACGCUUCCCAUUCUCCGGGGUGCUAAGUCGUUUGAGCUCACCGUUGUUCAAGCUGCACAGGUCACGUGCCACUAAGCGGCAAAGUUACAGCGCAGAGAAUUUGUACGAGUUAACGAAGCCAAAAGUCACUUUUGCGUCACCUGUGGAUGAGUCGGAACGGCCACAUUCGAACAUAGGCGAUUCUGAGGCUACUUCUUUUAAAGGCUCGUGUCUAUCUCUACACUCCGCAUCGGAAACAUCGAAUACGCCGAGCAUCGACGACAGGAAUAAAAUAUCUCCUUUGGCCACCAGCACGGACAAUAUAUCACGUGUUGGCUCCGCAGAUGCUGUUCAAACGCAAGUCGUGCACUUUAAUGUCCAAGCUCCCUUCUUUGCUUGGUCUGCGCCAAGCAAAAUCGAGAGCACCUGGUUGACGCACGCUAGGCGCACGAAGAAUCCGAGUGUUCUAUCUCAGCUCAAGUGUGUGGAGAAUUUGUCAGCCGUCGUCUCACAUUUGGCCGAUCGAUGUCGCUUGUGCGUGGCAGCAGUCACCAAUUUACAAGGUUGUUGUUGGGACGAUGAAAACGAGUACAUGCAGUUUGUCUCGGCAGCGGACAUCUUGGCCAGCGCCGUGCGACCACCGUUUUUCACAUUUCGCCCAAAACAGGAAGCUCCAAUAACUAUGGAUCAACUGGCAGUCGGACCUCUGCUAACUCAGCUGGUUGAUCGAUUCAACGAAACACAGGCUGCACUAUAUCGCAUCGCAAAGAUGUUGUCCAGUCGAAAUUCGGCACCGGUACCACAAACCAUCAGUCGGCUGAUUCGGACCCUGAUCGACUUUGUGCUCCUCUCGUGCACUGUUACGGAGGAGGUGUGCAGUCGAAUGGAACCUUUCCUCGCUUCAACCGCGACUCACCAACUAAACACAAUGAUGCGUCGUCUUUUGGAUCAGCUGCUAUCUUCCACAUCCUUCAAGAACGAUGCUUUGGGGUUCUCCCGCCUGACCAAAGAUGACCUUUCGAUGUCCGCCAUAGGGAACGAGUUGGUCAAAGCACUAUCAAAAGAAAAAAGUUCAAGCGAUUCAGUUCGUCAGGAGACGGUCAACGUGUUCUAUCGAGCGAUUGUGUCUUUUCGUUUAAACGCGAGCAAUGCCAAAACUACCAAUCAUUCAAUACCGGUUGCGGAUGCGUUGAACGGCGUACUGGACCUGCUUAUGCGGGAAAAAUGGAAAUCCGAUCGGAGUUCAGACAUCAUCUUUGCUUAUCUGGCAAUACCCGUUUUGAUUCCAUCCGACCACUCAACGAACGUGCUCUCAUUCUGUACUCAGUUACGCAAUCAACUGGGACGGUCGCACCGGGCGUUAUCGCAAUCGUGAUUCCCCACAAUUGUAUGCAAGACUCCCCGUGUAAUCCUGCUCCAACUAUUUAUUUUCCCCACAUAUCUUGGAAAUCAGAGCCCUUUCGUACCGCAUUCUUUCCAUUUUCUCCAGAUACACUGAUCUCCAGUGAUCUUUCUUAUGCUGCGACCGACGAGUAACCUGGUCGUCAUGUAUACUAAUCAAAUAAAUUCUUGCAUUCAGUGUAUGGU